AUGCCAGAGCUACCAAGUAAUAAAAUUUAUUGGGUGAACCAGGUCGAGGCCGCGAAAAUCAAGAACAAGACAAUUCAUUCAUUCGAGUCUCCAGCUUCCGGGUCAAAAAUCAAUUGGCGACAAUUUCUCCUUCUCCGGGUUUUAUGGGUGACGAAUCAAGCCACCAAACUAUCAAGCCCGUCCGAGCGUGGCAGAUGGGGAGUCACAGAGCAAAAUAUUCAAGCCGCUCGACAACACCUGAAAGCAAUGCCUGGCUGGACGCGAUACAUAUCAACUGCCUCUAAAACUCUGGCAUGGCACCGGGAAAAUAAUUUCUCGUCUCUUGGCGCUUUUUCACUGGUUUGUCUAUACCAGCUCAAUUCUAAUUCCAUCAAUCCAUCUCAGGGUAUGUUUAUCCACAAGCUUGAGUUUUCACCAAUGAAAACUAGAAGCCAGGAUCUAGCUGGUGAUGCUCAGGUAAAGGGUGGCAACCCUGUUACACCGACACGUUCUCAAAGAAAAGCGACAGCAUCUGAUGAUUCCAGGAUGGUCGACAAGGCAAUAGUUGGCCUUAAGGACCUUUCCAUUGAUGAUGACAAUGAAAGCUCCGAGAGCCCAGAGGAUGGUUUCUACCUUUCGCCUCUCAGUCCGCCCACCGGAGAUUUUGGUCCCGCGUUCAAGAGUAUCAGUGACGAACAAAUUGUCAACAUAGCACUACUUCUUUAUCUUCAAGCGCUGCUGAUCAAUUUCAGUGGUAUCAGGGCAGAUUGGACAUCCGAGUGCCGCGCCUUGGUAGUGAAGAGAGAUAAGGACCAAAAGGUCUACGAGGCGCGUGUGGAUGGGUUUCUUCGCUAUCAGGAUGACCCAGAUAACCCAAUAAUAGCUAUCGUCGAAGUCAAGCCCUUUCUUCGUGACAUAGCGCCCGAUUUAAACCCCACCCGAAUGCAGGAGAGUGCUCAUAUGGCUGCAUGGAUUUCCCAGCAUCCCCCGACACCUUCUGAGCUUACUUCAGGCGGCACAUUCAGGUGUGUUAUUUCAGUCUGCAGACGUUCUCUACCAUUAUGA